AUGCCUCGUAAUUCGUCUCGCAGAAAGUCUCGCCGCAGCGAGAGGUCUGCUUCCCAGUCUACACCUGAGUCUACAUCCCCAUCUGCAACCCCGCCUACUUCACAGGAUUCCCCGCGCCCUCGGUCUUCGAGACCGACCACUCCCGGCUCUUCAGGCCCUCAGUCUUCGAGACCGACCACUCCCGGCUCUUCAGGCCCUCAGUCUCCCUGGUCAAGCGGCUUUGAGGAACAGGGUGUAACUGGUCUGCCCAGUCCUCCAGCAUCACAAUCUCCGUCUCUUGGAACCUCGAGCCCUGCUAAUGUCGCUCUAUCAUCCUCUGGAAUCUCAACACCAUCAAUUGAGGAACAUGAACCUUAUCGCUCCGCCACUCCGAUAGAGGAUAUGACUGCACCCCCAUCUACGACUGCUAGUCAGUCGUCGGCCAAAUCUAUUAAGGCUGACCCUUUGGAGGAUGAAACUCUACCCAACGAUCAGGAUACAGGCUACGUGAUCGAGACAAUUUACCUUCUCCAUUCCAAAGCCAUCUGGAGUUACAUCCAGUUCAUACUUGGGAACUAG